AUGUCAAUAUCAAAAAGUGAAACCGACAUUAUCCUUAAUAAGGCUAACGUCUCCCUAGCACGCAGUCAACGACUCGUUGCUUCGUGGCUCCCUCCGCCGACUUCAGAGGAACUCGCCAAUGUUAAAUCGGAAGAAGAGCUGCAGCGGGAAGAGGAUGAGAUUUUUACCGCGGUACCGGAAACACUAGGAAUUGGUGCCCCGUUGCCGACCAAGGCGGCCGACGGAAGUUGGAAUCGCGCCGAACUGGACUCCAACGACAAGCUACGGAGACAGCUUCUCGGCAAGAACUACAAGAAGGUCGUCGCUGCUAGUGCAGGAGCUUCCGCUACCGGAAAUCCCGGGAAACCUGGGCUUCGUGCAAAUCUCGGCCCUAGUCCGAAGGAGGCGGACGACGAGGAUGAGGACGACGGAGAUGAAGGGCGGACGACAACAGUUGGGACGAGCAAACGCCAGUCGAGAAAACGAAAGGCUACUAUCGAGGCCAGUCAAAGCUCCAAUGAGACGGCGAUGAACUCGGGCGAAGGUCAGGGAGAAUCCGCAUCACUACAGGAGGGGACCUCAUCCCGACAACCACCAAGGUCUAAAUCAAGCAAGAAGGCCACGAGUUUCUUAGAUGAGCUCCUUGCAGACCGAUCGAAGAGGAGGAAGAAGAAAUGA